AUGGGGCAGGUCUGGGAGGCGCGCCCCGCUGGUCUACCCAAAGAUGGGCGUGUGCUUUUUGAACUUGAGCAGCGGGGUCCUCGAGAGACACUCGAGGAGAGAACGAUAUGGAUUACGCAUGGUCAAGAUCUCGUCAAUGUUCAGAGUUUCUACCUUGUAGCCGAGACGGUUGAUAUUGCCAAGUGGUUGACUCUAAGUGUGAACGAUCGGCGGAAAAUACCCAUAAAGCUUCUCGUCAAAACUUUCGCUUCUGGUAAACCCGAUAAGAUGGUGCUCAAAUGUCUAAGCGAUCUUGGUCUCUGUGGAGAUAAGGUAAGUACAUUACCGUUCGCUGCAUCUUUUCUGAAUUCAUUUCCCCGGUACUACCUGGCUUUUGAAGAUUGAAU